AAGAGCAAAAAGAAAACAAGACGAUGCCUAUAGUCAUCCAGAAAUAUCUGAAGAUGAGUUUCAUUUUUCUGCAUUUUCACAGGAAACACAGAUGAGUAGUCAAAAUAACAGUCAGAGUAGUCAAAGAACUGUUCAUCAGAUAGAAAGUUUGGAGAAAUUAAAUUCAUUUCUACUUUGUGAGGGAUUAGAUACAAUAUCUUUGCCAACAAGUCUAUGGGCCUCGUAUUCGAGGAAAACACAGUUGAGUUAUAUGAAAAAAAUAAGUGCAUGCAUCAGGCCUCAGGGCAAUUGUAAUGACUAUUUUUGAAGAGGAUGUAGACAUUAUCUUGCAACAGUUAGCAUCACAUGAUUCCGGUAAUUAUGAAAGCAGUUCCACCAAUACAAAUGAAACUGAUACAGAACUGUUAAGAUCACUAGCAGAUUCUUAUUCAAAGGCAGAGUCAUGGCAAAUAAGAAGACAGAUUUUGUCUGUCAUUUCGGUACAAUUAAAUUAUAAUGAGACAGAACAAUUAAUACCAGGCCUUUCAGAGUACAGAUAUUAUGCAGCUAAGAAACAUUCUAGCAAAGAAGGAUGUGGAAUGCCACCCAAGAAUAGAAGAGAUACUCGAAAUAGAAUGGAUCAUGCAAAACUAGAUUCCUUCCUGGACUUUAUAACAUCUUCUCAUGUUAUCAAGGACCUCCCUUUUGGAGAGAGAAAAUUAAAGCUACAAGAUGGUAAAAAAAUCAAGACUCUCAAUAUAAUCAGAUGUAUGGGGCCAGCAGCAAUAUUUGAUCAAUAUAAACAGUACUGCAAAGAAAAUGAUUUCCACCCAUUAGGUAUUUGACUUGACUUUUGGUGAUUGGCUGAGUUGCAUUUAGUGGAAUUCCAGUAUGGUUAUGUUUGGGGGAUUGAUAGUCUGCCAUCAACCCUUCCUACAGUUUUCAACCCACCUUCUUCAAAUUUACAGGCUGAUAGUACAUGUAGUGAAGUGCUAUUAUUGAAUUGUUUUUUUUUCCCAAUUUUUCUUGACAUUGUAAGUUAGUUUUUUU